GCAGCUGAAGUUAACAACAGUAGAGUGUGAGGGAGCGCGCAACGAGGAUGGGGGUACGCAACGCAAUCACUUUGGCUCUAUUUGUGGCCUUUGUCACGGCUAACAGGGAACCCGCCGCACUUGCCAAUAGAGAUUUCUUCAGAAACAACGAUAAUUUCCAAUGGCGAGGACGGAUGGGGAUGGACAGCCUACAGUCCGCCAUGGACCAGCUCUCCUCCUCCCUUGACACCGCCAUCGACCGUCUCUCUGACAGGAUUGAACAGCAGGUGGAAGAGACACUGCCACUAUGGAUGAGGAACAGCAACAAGGAGCGGGUGGGGACGCUGGAAGGUCAGGGGCUUGAGGCUAUCUCUGGAGACCUGGGUGACGGCAUCGACGACGGGCUGCAGGUAAACUUCAAUGGCGACUCUGAGGGGAUCAAGAUAGACGGUCCACGCUUCGAGGAGCCGUGGGUGGACAGAUCUGAGGUAGAUGAAGUUCACCAGCCUGACCGCACCCCGAGCUUCAACUUCAACCCCUUCUUCCCCCAAAGAUCGCCAGGCAGUAAGCACGGAUUCAACCUGUUCGAUAUGGUCAGUCGGCGACGCUCCUGGUGGAAGGGACCCAACGUGUGUGUGGACAGGGAGGAGAUUGAUGAAGGGGAGGCAGAGGAAACCGAAGAUGAAGGCAUAUCCCAGUCCCCCUCUGGCUCCUCCUUCAUCUUCUCCUUCGGCAACAUGGAGGUAACAUCUUGUACUGAGAUGAGAGACAAGUACACCUGCACCUCCAAGAGUUCACGCCGCGGCCUCCACAAGACGGUGGUGGUGACAUACCAGUGUUGUCACAGCUAUGUCAGGGAGGGCUCAGCGUGUACCAAAGUUGAGCUGCAUGAUCUGCCAGAGAUACUACAGGAGAUUGGGACAACAGACUUCCUCUCUCUGACAAAAGCACUUGGGAUGGAUGAGAUGCUCAAGGAGAACAUCACUAUGUUUGUCCCCACUAAUGAAGCCAUGCAGGAGUACACAGCUGACCUAGAGGCAGAGAAUGAAUUGGACAACGCCCUUAAUGAGGAUCGUUCUUUUAAUGAAGUAUACAUCCGUCGCCGCCGCUCUGCUGACACCCAGAGUAUUGUUAUGUCUCACAUGACUAAGGGUAUUUACUAUGCUAGUGAUCUCCAUGAUGAACAGGUCCUCCACAGCAUGGUUGACAACUCCACUCUGAGGAUCAACACCUACAGCACCAACCCACCAGCGGCCACAGUUAACUGUGCCAGACUUGUUAGUGUCAACCAAUACGCCACUAAUGGAGUUGUUCACACCAUUGACAGUGUACUCGAGCCCGUCACCAAGAGCCUGGCUGAUCUUAUCAGUUCAAACCCUCAGUUAUCAGUUCUCAAGAGAUUGGUAAGCAAGGCUAACCUCUUGACAAAGCUGCGAGAGCCCGGCCAGUUGACUGUAUUUGCUCCCUCUGAUGCUGCCUUCCAAACCUUGCCUGAGUCUGUCCUUGAGGCUCUUAUUGAGGGCAGUUCAUGUCUGGACUCUGUGGUGAAGAACCAUAUCCUGCCCAAUGUGAUCUGUUCUGCAGCAGUCCAGGGCAAGGCUCGCACAGUCAACUUGCUUGAUAAAUACCUUCUUCUGGAGAAAAGUGAAGAUGACAAGGUGUUCAUAGAGGAUGCCCAGGUUGUGGUCAGGGACAUAGUUGGUACCAAUGGUGUCCUUCACAUCAUUGAUAGUCCUCUUAUGCCCCAGGAAGCAAAGCCAGUAAUCGAAGUGCUGGAGGGUCAUAACCUAACCAGGUUCUUGGACCUUCUUGAACAAGCAGGACUGAUGGAUGAACUUUCAGAACUGACAGAUGUUACUGUUUUUGCCCCAAGCAACAGAGCUUUUGAGGAAAUGCCAACAGAAGUCCUGGAUGAUCUUACGAGUAAUUACACUAAACUGAGAAAUAUUCUGAGCUACCACAUGGCCACACCUUCCCUGCAAGCUGAGGACAUCGCUAAUGACCACAUAGCCACUACUCGGGCUGGUCAGCCACUUAGGAUCAAUCUGUACUCUCGGUCCCCACUUCUUGCUGGCGUUCUUGGAAACGGCAACCGGCACCAUGUUCGUCUGACAGCUGGGUGCAGUCGUGUGACCACCCUGGACUCCCGGGCAUGUGGUGCGGUAGUUCACGUGGUGGAGAAAAUGUUAAAGAUGCCCAAGAACAGUGUAAUGCAGCACCUGGAGGAAGACGAAGACUUCUCUAUCUUCACAUCAAUGUUGAAGGACACUGGACUCAAUGAAACGCUAAGUGGUGAAGGACCAUUCACUGUCCUCGCUCCCUCUGACCAUGUUUUCCGAACACUUCCUGAAUUGGAACUAAGAAAAAUAUUGGAAGAUAAAGAACUACAGGAGGCUCUCAUCAAGCAGCAUGUGCUGAAAGAACAUGUGUGUUGUGCUGGCAUCAACCCCAGCACUUGGCUCUUCAUGGACCACAAGCGACCCCUGGAUGGUCCUCCACUUCACGUUCGCCGCAUCAACUCUGGACGCCUCAUGGCAGGUCGCGCUCGUAUAACUCACUGCUCUGCACCUACGCUGAAUGGCCUGGUCCACACUGUCAAUCAACUCCUUGUUAAUGUCAACCCCUACCAGCAGCCAGAUCUCAGUGAGCGUGUCGACAGACCAAUUUUUUCAGCACCUGGGCUUGAAAUUCUCUUUGGCUAAUCUCAAACUAGAUGACCUUGAGAGAAGUUGAUCUUAUAUAGGGUGGAGGAUAGCUGUUUGAAGCCUGAUUAUAUACAGUAUAAUAUUCCAGCAUAAAGCUUCAUUUAUAUCAUGUUAUUUACAUGUCUGUAGACAAGUUUGUUAUUUGUUUCUUUUACAUUAUGUAUUAUGACAUACCAGUGCUAAGAUAAACCCUAUUUUAGCAAACUUAUUAUAGGAAUAUCUAUAUUAGUAUGUAAGAUAUAAAGAAUACCUUAAAUUGUUACUUAAUAUCACACUUUAUCUUGAUAAGUUUGUGAAAAAUUACAAUUUAUUUAUCAAUAAUAAAGACAAUAAAACUUGGACAUUAUGCAGUAUAAUGGUAGUUAUUAGCUAUACAGUAAGGUACUACAUGUAGAUGAGAAAACUGGUUAUUUCAUAUUUUUUGUAGUUUGUGUGCAGCUUUUCAGUGAAACGUAUAUUUAUUGUCAGUGAUUUUGUGAUGAUCCGCAUUUUUUUUUUUGUAUGAAUAUCCAUACAUACAGUAUAUACAGUACAGGUAUCUUAAGUAUCGAAGGUUCAGAAAUUAUAGUAUCGAUAUGUAAGGUCUACUGUAUGACAUACUAGCAGUACAGAACGAAAGAACAAUAUGAAUUCAGACUUAUUAUUGAUCAUAACUUGAUUGGAAUAUUGCAUUGAAGACUUAUUUGAUCAUACUGAUAUAAAGAAAUGUAUUUACUGUAUUCCCCACAGUCUUACAUUGGGUAUUAAAAAUACUUUACACAUAAAGUGCAUGGCCUGUGUUAGUUGUUCCACAUCAUGCAGUACAGCAGUGCCUUAGUCAACAUACUAGCUUAUUUAUUUAUCUGAAUAUUUUACCACCGACGUCACAGGAUCUUCAAAAAAGACCUUUUGUUAUGUAAUCUUAAGUAUUAAGUAUUCUUAAAUUAAUGGUAUGUAAACUCCGUAUCAUAAUAAAAUUUAACUACAAUAUA